AUGGAUAAACACGGCGUGAAGACCCCCUUGUGGAAGAAGGAUCUGGAGCAGCCCGGGACCAGAGAGGCAGAGGCAGAGGCGGAGGCGGAGGCCGCGGAGCGGGGGCCGGAGGAGGACGAGGAGAGGCCGCUGGAGGAGCGCGGGGCCGAGGGCGAGGCGGAGGGCGGGGAGGCGGAGGGUGGCGAGGGCUGGGAGCGGGGCUCCGUGUCGUACUAUCCGCUGAGCCAGGAGUCCAGCACCCAGCAGGUGGCGCUGCUGCGGCGCGCGGACAGCGGCUUCUGGGGCUGGUUCAGCCCCUUCGCACUGCUCGGCGGCCUGGCCCCUCCCGCCAACAGGAAGCGGAUCCCCCCGGAGGAGCCGUGCGUGCUGGAGACGCGGCAGCGGCGGCUGCGCGGCGCGGGCUGCGCGCGCUGUGAGAUCCUUUUCUGCAACAAGUGCAGGAACCUGCACAGCUCGCAGAGCUACGUGGCGCACUGCGUUCUGGAGCACCCGGAUCUCCGGGAGGCGCGGGCUUCUGGAGGCGCGGGGUCUGCCGUGGGCCUUUGA